GGACCAGAACCAUUGGGACUGAUUCUUCCUUCCGGCCGCGCACUAUACUUUCUGGUACCGUAGAACCGGCUCUCGGCCGAAACGAGGAGGCGGGCGGCAACGCAACGCAACGCAACGGGACGAUGAUGAGACCCGGGGGCCGGGCCGCGGGCGGGCGGGGAACGACGGCCCCUCCCGAGCGGUCGGCCCGGCACCUCCCGCGGAGGCCACCACCGCGGAGGGCCGGCACGAGCGCCUUGGUCUGUUUCGGGGUGGUUCUUCCCCUGUGCGCGCUUUGCCACGCCCUGGUGGUGGUGUACCGGAGCGCCGGGGUUGCGGCCGGUGGCAGCGGGUGGGCACUCCCCCUUGCCGAACCCUUCGAAACCUACGGCGGUGCCAACGGCGAUGCCCAUCACAGGUACCUGUGCGACGACGAAACCAACGACAGAAACACGAACGGAGCGGACACCGAAACCACRGUCUUUGGAAACAGCUCGGCGGUCCGCCGCCACUGGGAGCUCAUCGACUCCACCGUAGAGCGGAACUUUCCAAAGGCAAGGGUGUCCGGGGGGAUAUUYCUCUACCCCCACCAGUCCUCCAUCCUGACCGGACUCAUCCGGCGCAUCGUCCGCUACAAGAACGGAAGAAAGGAGCCACGGRGGACCACCGUUUGCGAAACGGGGUUCGGAUCGGGGCACUCGAUGGCGCUCUUUCGGGAGGCACUGGCCGACGCGGCCGGGGACCACCCCUCGCGGGGAAGGGUGGUUUCCUUCGACAAGUUCGACCGACCGUACCAGCUCCCGAUCUGGCACCACCUGAACGACACCAACGCGAACGAAGACGCCUCGCGCCACAAACAMACCAACGGCAAGGCCAACGRUGCCGGCCCCCUUUUGUCSCUGGACUUUGUCCAGGGSAACUCGUGCCGGACGGUUCCGAGGCRCCUGUCCGAGAUGGACUGCGACGUCCUGCACGGAUCGUCGCUCUGCCCGACCGACAACAUCGACCUGGUGGAGCACUCGCCCUGCGGGGUGGUCCUGACCUCGACCGCCAUGGAUUCCCUGCGGAGCGGCGUCUACUUUGGCUACGGCGGGCAGUGGAGGACCCUCCGGGAGCGGAACUGCAUCGGAAGCGUGGCCUGCUUUGCGGAGGACGGCCCGCUGGACCUGCGGCGGGACUACGUGUUUGCCCAAAAGGGGGAGKCCAGGGGCGGGGAGUUYUGUGUGGCCGUUACGACGGGGGUUUGCCAGAAGGCCGGGUCGCGGCGGGGGCGAGAACCAAAACCAGAACAACACGGCGACGAAGCCUGCGCGGAAACCGUGAAACGGAUGGAAUCCCUGCUGGGAUUGGACAAGAUCUGUCCGAGGUAUCGGAUCCAGGUCCCGCCGUGACGCGGAUGGCAGAGCAAUGCGCGAAACAAUGUGCCAAUAGAAUAGAAUAGAAUCC